AACAGCUCUGCGCUCGUACCGAGAGCGCGUCUCCGGGAAGAGAAAGCGAGCAGCGCUUGGCUUGCCAAGAAAGUAACCCAAUCCUCCCGGCGGGCGGGGUCUGGGACUGAUGUAACAGGAAACGGGGAUGUUUCCUUUGCGCUGCGGAUCGCUUACAACCGGACCACGCUCGCCAGUCCCUCUUCAGACCCAGCCGCCUCCUCCGGAGGGCAGAGCGCAGCAAAGCCGCUUCACUUCGCCCCAUCUCCCAACUUGGAUUGUACCUGCCUCUCCGGACCGCCUCCUUUGUUGUGCGCUUCGACUCCGCUUCGCAUUUGCCUUUUUGGGGUGUGGGGGUGGGUGUGGAAGGGGGCAAAGCUGCCACCGAAACGAAGAACCCACCGAGAGUUUCACGCACAUCCGAUCGUCUUGCCUACGGUGCCGCCGGGAGGAAGAGCUUUGGGGUGUUCCUCAGCUCAUCCUCCAACCCCUUCCUCAGAUGGAACAGCAAAGAUUCAACAGCAAAAGCAUUCACGACACCGACGCUUCUUUGCUGAACUACAGUGCAACAACGACACUAGCUAUAUUGAGUGAUGGAGACAAACUGGAUCAUGCAGAUGUGUUCCUCUUAGCUCUGACAUUGAUUUUUGUCACGGCGGUUCCGGACGAGAAUGCAACCAAGGACGGCUAUAUAAAAGGGGAUGCGAACGAAACCGAAGAUAUCUUUGCACUAAGCAUAAGUGAUAAAAUCAUGACAGCACAGUUUGAAUGUUACCAGAAAAUUAUGCAAACAUCUUCUAAAAAGAAUGAAGGUCCUCAUUGCAAUAGGACAUGGGACGGCUGGUUGUGCUGGGAUGAUGCCGCUUUGGGGAAAACAGUCGUCCAGAACUGCCCUGAUUACUAUCAGGACUUUGACCCCUCAGAGAAAGUUUUUAAGACCUGUGAAGUAAAUGGGCAAUGGUUUGUGCAUCCCGAAAGCAACAGAACAUGGACAAACUACACACGCUGUAGUUUAGGAGUAAGCGAAAAACUGAAGACAGCUAUGAAUUUGUAUUACCUCACUAUCAUUGGUCAUAGCCUUUCAAUAGUUUCACUUUUGAUUUCCCUUGGCAUAUUCUUCUUUUUUAGGAGCCUGAGUUGCCAGAGGAUCACGUUGCAUAAAAAUCUCUUUUUCUCUUUUGUUUUCAACUCCAUCGUUACAGUCAUUUCUCUCACGGGAGUUGCCAACAACCAACAGCUGGUUCAUCAUAAUCCAGUCGGAUGCAAAGUGGCUCAGUUCUUCCAUCUUUAUUUAAUGAUCUGCAAUUACUUCUGGAUGCUCUGCGAAGGCAUUUACCUGCACACGCUCAUUGUGGUGGCUGUAUUUGCAGAAAAGCAGCACUUACUGUGGUAUUACCUUCUCGGAUGGGGAUUCCCGCUCAUUCCUUCCUGCAUACAUGCUGUAGCAAGGACCCUAUAUUACAACGACAACUGCUGGAUCAGUUCAGAGACUAAUCUAUUGUACAUCGUUCAUGGUCCUAUUUGUGCUGCUUUAUUGGUGAAUCUUUUUUUCCUCUUGAACAUUGUGCGCGUGCUGAUCACCAAGCUAAAGGUCACCCACCAAGCAGAAUCCAAUCUCUACAUGAAGGCCGUCAGAGCCACCCUCAUUUUAGUGCCGCUUCUGGGCAUCGAAUUUGUACUGUUUCCCUGGCGGCCCGUGGGCCAUAUCGCCGAGGAGAUUUAUGACUAUGUGAUGCAUAUCCUUAUACACUAUCAGGGCUUGUUGGUGGCAACCAUUUUCUGCUUUUUUAAUGGCGAGGUCCAGUCUGUUCUGAGGAGGAACUGGAAGCAAUACAGGAUCCAAUUUGAGCACAGCUUUUCUCACUCGGACGCCCUUCGCUCGGCUUCCUACACAGCCUCCUCGAUCGUCGACGGUCAAAGCUUCAGCUACAAUCGCGAGUGCAACGGUGAAUAUAUGAACGGCAAAAGCAUUUACGACACGGAAAAUGUUGUUUUUAAAGCCGAGAAGCUGUACGGCUGAUUCUCAAAGACUCUUUAUUCCCACCCUCAUGAUAUUUUGAAAGGAUGACUCCAGGAGCCAGCAAGACAGUCCCCCCCCACCCACUCACACUUUUUUUGGUCAGUCUUUGAACUCGGCUACUCUUGAAGGAUGUGACGGAUUUCAAUUUCUUUCUCACAUGUGCUCAUGCCUUAGCAUAUCUCGGCAUGUGAGUGCUUGCUCUUUGUUUGUACACUGGAGCUGGUCUUGCCCACCAACUGAAGUUUCAUGCUCUGACCUCUGGGUGCCCAACCUUCGGAGAAAUACUGGCUGAAGUUUUCACGGGGAUCAAUCAAGCUCUAGAUCUACAUAUGUGUUUUGUACAUAUAGAUAUGUGUCAGGAUAGAUAGACGUUGCCUCUUCGGCUUCUACCGUGUAGACAAAGUGGGCAAUUCUUUUGUAUGACGGGAAUCAAGGGAAGUUUCGGUUUAUUUUCAGCGGUUUUGUAUCAUGACUGUGGGUUGUCCAAGAGGCUGUUUUGUAUGCUCAGAAGAACUCGUAAAUGCUGUAUUUAUCAUGUCGUGUUGUCUUAAGUGCAGCCAGCAGAGCAGCCUAAAUAAGUAUUGGAAAGGAUGCAAUGAUUGUAAAGUAUUCUAUAUGUUGACUGUGCAACAUUUAACUCUGACAAAGAUAGAUAUAAAUCUGCAGUAUAGACAAUGGCUCUGAUUUGAUUGACAUUAGUCGUUGACUAACCUGCUCCAUUUGCUUCAGUGGGACAUGCUAUAAUACAAUGGACCCUUACUUGAGAUUGAGGCCCAUGGAAUUUGAUGUGAACAGCUCCUGGGUAUAUAUGAACAGGAUUGGGCCGUUAGUCACAACUUGCUUUCUCUGACCCAAUGAUUUAGCUCGUAUUGACCACUAUUUGAAAUGCAGGGUGUCACAAAGCCAUGGGGAAUCUUCGGGCCCGAAUGCUAUGCUUUGCUUCUUCAUCUUUUCGUUCAGCUCCUCUAAGGAAUCUCUCCCUCGAGUUUCCCUUUCCUUUUUGCACAAGGAUCUGUUUUUGAAUGUGCACAAAGUGAAGCGACCGUGUGCUCCUUGGUGCACAUUGUCGAAUAGCAUAUAUGAAGUUUGCACUAGAGGAAGUAGCAGGUUUGUAUUUCGUAAGAGGAAGAAAAUCAGGCACUUAAAACUCACAUUCAGUGAUGCGCAAUGCAAUGCAAUGCAAUGCAACACAAUGCAAUUAAUCGUUUCCAGCUGGUUUGUCUCCUAGGUCCUAGAUGUUUCAGCCAGAGCACAGAUUUGGAUGUACUGCAGCUGCGCACUCUUCUUGUGGUACAGAAACCUGGCUGACUAUAUACUGAUGGGAAAGGCAGUGAUGGGAGAAUGAGUUGGCCAUAGCUAAGGCUUAUGGACCCAGGAGUCUGCAUUGGCGGCAGCGCUUACAGUAAUUUGGUAUAGAAGGCAUAGGGCAGGGAUUAGGGCUGGGCAGUAUCUGUUUUUCAACAUCAUGGUAUAUUGCCAGCCAAACGUCACAAUAUACCAAUCUAUCACGGUGUUGGAAAUAAGGAUGGAACUAUGUAGAGGUGAACCGUAGGGCUAGGCAGUAUUCGGUUUCCAGCUUCCUGAUACAUUGUGAUAAACUGAUCUAUCGCAAGGUCUGAAAUAAGGAUGGAGCUGUUUUUAAACUUGGCGAUAUAUCACCAGCGAAACAUCGCGAUGUACUGAUAUAUCACGAUGUCAAGUUAUGCAGAGGCGUUGACCGGCCCUCACGGUUCUCCCCACAUUGUAAGUUUUUCAUAGCGUGUACGCAUCAUGAUUUGCAAUGUAUUGCCAGGUCCAAAACUAUGAAGACGAUGUCGUGAUAUGGACUCCGAACUGGACUUCAAAUCGCUAUAUUGCCCAGCCCUAACAGGUCAAAAGAGGUGCUAGAAAAAGAGGUGCUGGAACUCACCAUGAAAGCCACCCUUGUUCUCUUAUAAUGGCAAUGGCACCGACCUGAGAGGGGUCGGAAUCGAGUUCCGGUGAGUUCCAGCUGGAAAAAAAGCCCUGGGGAUGAGGAACCUGUGGCACCUCCGAUGUUGCUGGACUGCAACUCCUCUCAUUCCACGUAUACCCCCCAAAAUACUUAAAUCCAGCAGAAGUCAGUGGGAUGCAAUGUAGCUUAACUGCAUGCAAGAAAACCUUCUGGGAGCCUUAGCCUCUUGAGGUCUGCAUGUAAGUGUGAUAUUCUUGUUUCUCAUGCCUUUCCCAAACUUUAUUCUGCUGUCUCCACUUACACUGAGAAGGGCUUUAGUCUGUGGAUAACACCACUGGUGCAUUUUUAAAUGAUGAGGUAUUUUAAUUUUAGAUCAUGCAUAUUGACUAGCAGGAAAAAGCUACGAGAGCACAUGGACCUAAGGUGAAAUAAAUUCCCCAAAAGACUUAGGAACAAAGAAAAUGGGUGUGGGGGUGUGUGGUGGUUCCUUUAAAAUGUCUACUCACUGCUACUGGUGAUAGAGCAGUCUCAUACCAAUGUGGUUCAACUUCUGACUUCUUAUGAAAGGACUGGCAAGGAACAAAAUGAAGCCCCUUCGUCUUUCUCAGAACAACAUCUGCCUAGAAAUGCCAUGGUGCAAUGUGAAGUGUUCCAUUUCCUUGUUUUUUUCAAGGUUGUAUGUUAAUUGUCAUUUAACAGGCUUCAAUAGGCAGCUAAUUUUGUGAUUAAUGCUUUUGAGGUUUGAAAAAGCUUUGAAUGGUUGCCAUCACGAUCGCAUAAUCGCAUUCAGAUGCUUUAGGGAAAGCUCGGCAAAUUCUUGUUAUUUUGUUAUUUAGGAUGGCAUUUGGCGGAGUAAUGAAAUGUAUUGAAACAGCCAUGUGGUGUUACAAAAUUCUAGCCACUGGGUUCUUGGAGCCAUUCCUGUCAUUUGAAAAAGCAUGGAUUUAUUCAGGGUUGUGUGUUGCCUGUGAUUCCAUGGCAGUGCGUAAACUCUACAGGAUUCAUGUUCCUAAGAAUAUCUUCUUCUUUUUAGAUUUAUAAAAAAAAAUGGUUGAAAAAUGUGUGGUCCGAUCUCAGAAUCCAGGAGUCAGAGGGAAAUCUUCCACUGAAAGAUCCUUCCAGUCCCUUUGGGUAGCUCCUCCUCUCCGUGACUAAAUUAUGCAAAUAUAUUCCAUUUUAUGUAGGUCACAGCAUUCAGAUUUUGGGUGCAAAGGAGUUUUUAAAUCUUAAUUUUCACUAGCUUACAGUGCUGUACUUACAGUGUGUCAUCUGGAAACACAUCUGGGCCUAAAGUUGCACAAUAAACAUGUUUUAAUUCUAUUAGACGCAUCUUUCUUGGAGAGAUGACACACAGAUUUGCCCUACCCACGGUGUCACUGAAGGACAGAUGUUCGUUUUACAACUUUCUUUUCUGUGGAGCUUGCUCAUGGGUGCGGUACCUUAGGGCUCUUCCCUUCCUUUUCAAAAGCCAUGCAAAAGGAGAGCUUUGAAAUGUCAUUUUGUCUGUAGAUUUUAAUCUAGCAGGCUGCUGCGUUGGCCCAAAUCUGAGGUAAAGUCAGAAUCGUUUCAUUGCAUCCAAAGCCAAGCUGUGAGUCUCGGGACAUGCUGUGACUUUCUUUUGUAAGCAGGGCGAGAAGGCUCUGCAUAUGCAGUCUGGAAUCAGGAAUAUUCCUUCCAAAGAAGACGAUGGAAAGCACUGGAAACACAGAACUUUGGAUUGUGGCCAUGCGUGCCACGAUGCACCUCAACAACAGCCAUUCCUUUCUUUAUUUCUAAGUAACUCCACCUCUGCUCCCCUCCCCCCCCAAAAAAAAGAAUUCUUACUUUCUUUGAGACCCACAUAUCAUUUCUGUACACUGUCCUGGAUGUUAGGUCAUUGUAACUUGAGUGCUACAA